AUGAAAUCUCAACGAUCAAGUUACCUAUCUAAUGUUUGGCGAGAUGGAAUUUUCGAUAACAAAGUUGUCUUCUGUACAGGCGGGGCUGGAACUAUCUGCAGCGUUCAAGUGCGUGCAAUGGUGUACCUCGGUGCUAAUGCCUGCAUAGUUGGCCGCAAUGUUGCGAAGACAGAGUCUAUGGCCGCUGAAAUUGCUACAGCACGUCCUGGUGCCCGAGUCCUCGGCAUUGGUGGUGUCGACGUUCGUAACUUUGCAGAGCAGGAGCUUGCGGUAGCUAGAUGUGUUAAGGAUUUGGGCGCCAUUGAUUUUGUCAUUGCUGGUGCUGCUGGCAAUUUCCUCGCACCAAUCAAAGGUCUCUCUGUCAACGCCUUCAGGACGGUCAUCGAAAUAGAUACUCUUGGCUCCUACAAUACUCUUAAAGCGACACUACCGCACUUACUAGCGUCUGCCACUCGCAACCCAAACACGAGCAGUAGCCAAGGAACAGGAGGCCGUAUAAUCUUCGUGUCGGCUACCUUUCAUUACACUGGAAUGCCUCUCCAAGCUCACGUAGCUGUAGCUAAGGCGGGUAUUGAUGCUUUAUCGGCCUCAGUGGCCCUAGAGCUAGGGCCACGCGGUCUCACGAGUAAUGUGAUUGCACCGGGCCCGAUAGCAGGUACGGAAGGCAUGAAACGUCUGGGUAAUAGGGAUAGUGAGGCAAGUGGUGAAGCUUUCAAGAAGGUACCUCUACAGCGCUAUGGCUCUGUCAAAGAGAUAGCUGAUGGCACUAUCUAUCUGUUCAGCGAGGCAGGUAAUUUUGUUAAUGGUGCUGUUCUUGUAAUUGAUGGCGGUGACUGGAGAACACCUAGUGCAUCCAUGUUGCAAGGUGAGUAUCCUGAUUUCCUCUUGGAUGAAAGCUUGCUAUGGCAAAAAUCUCAGCGAAAGUCACGACUGUAG